CGUAAACACGGACCGCGGGCAGAGACGUGACCGAGCCGCCUCCGCGUUAGUCCGCCGCUCCUUUGUAAAGAGGACGGUUGUGUUUGUUACCUCCGUGUUUAUAACGAUCCGCUGGACGACGGCUUCGCUCAGCAGCCGGGCUGCGGUUGGCCGUCGCGGCUGGAAGGGCUGGUCUGAUAGGAACCAAGCUAACUGACCCUAGCUAGCUAGCUAGCUAUGAGAGCCGCACAACUACUGGCGUUUCAAUAGCCCCCUAAAAUCAACUGUCGCUAGCUUCUGGUCCGAGGUUGGGUCGGAGCAGCGAGUUGAGCGGGAUAAUGUUAGCUAGUUAACUAGUUAGCUAGUUAAAGGCGUUACUUUCGAGCUGGCGGUCACGUUAGCUAUCGUUCCCUACGCCGAACAAAGCCGUUCAGCUAGCUCAAGCUAGCCACCUGCCAAGUUGGGAUGGAUGGAUGGAUAGCCGCGGAUAAGUAGACGACACGGGCCGGUUGUAACUUAAAGCUGGGCUGAUGGGCAGCCGUAGGCAAUAGGCUGCGUCUUAUCGACAGCCUGGAGCCCGCAGGUCCGUCAACGCCGUGUUAGCUGGCGUUAGCCUGCUAGCGUUAGCCCGGCUUUAUCGAGCGACGACAUGCUCCCACACAGGUCUACGCCGGCGGCGAGCGUCGGCGAUGCCGCCGGCUGCGGCCCAGACGCGUCGGUCGUCCAAACCGGAGGAGCAGCGACUCUGCGGCUUCAGUGAUGACGAACUGCGAGUAUCAGCAAAUCGACCCGCAGGCGCUCGCAACGCCCGCCCCGACUCCGCCGAUCCAGCCCCAGCCCCAGCUCCAGCCCCAGCUCCAGCCUCAGCCCGCCACCGAGAAUGGGGACGCCGGUAAGAAGAGCAAGGCGAGGACACUGCAGAGGAAGUGGGAAGUUUUCCCUGGCAAGAACCGCUUCUGUUGCGACGGACGGAUUAUCGUGGCCCGCCAGAGCGGCGUCCUGCCCCUCACCCUGGGCCUUAUUCUGGUCACAAGCGGGUUGUUCUUUAUAUUUGACUGCCCUUUCCUGGUGAAACACCUGACCAGCUGCAUUCCUGCCAUCGGGGGUGUCCUCUUUGUAUUUGUGGUCAUCACCCUACUCCAGACUAGCUUCACUGACCCAGGGAUCUUACCCAGAGCUUCUCCGGACGAGGCUGCAGACAUUGAAAAGCAGAUUGACAACACAGGCAAUGCCACUUACCGCCCCCCGCCACGCACCAAGGAGGUGCUCAUCAACCAGCAGGUGGUGAAGCUUAAGUACUGCUUCACAUGCAAAAUGUUCCGGCCCCCGCGCACCUCCCACUGCAGCCUGUGUGACAACUGUGUAGAGCGGUUUGACCACCACUGUCCUUGGGUUGGAAACUGUGUGGGGAAGCGCAACUACCGUUUCUUCUACACCUUCAUCGUGUCGUUGUCCUUCCUGACGGCCUUCAUCUUUGGCUGUGUGACCACACAUCUGGCACUGAGGGCACAAGGUGGGAGAGGCCUGGUGUUCGCCCUUCAGGAGAGUCCUGGCAGCGCAGUGGAGCUGGUCGUGUGCUUCUUCUCUGUCUGGUCCAUCUUGGGCCUCUCAGGCUUCCAUACAUACCUGGUGGCGUCCAACCUCACCACUAAUGAGGAUAUUAAAGGCUCCUGGUCAGGAAAAAGUGGGUCAGAAAACACCACCAACCCCUACAGUCACAAAAACAUCUUCAUCAACUGCUGCUCUGUGCUCUGUGGGCCCAUGCCACCCAGUUUGAUUGACAGACGAGGCUACCUCCCCACAGAGGAGUCGGCGCAGACCACUGGUGCAGAAAUAGAGUCGCCAAAUGUGACUGCUAAGAAUGAGAUAAAUGUGGUAGGAGGGCCGUCCCUGAUGACCAACACCUUGCAGGAAUGCCCCCUCCCUUCUGCCUGCUCUCCCCCACUCCCCACAAAACCUCCUUUGUCUGAAAGACCCUUGUUGCGUGCUUUUUUCCAGCUCAACCUGUUGACUGUUGCCUGACUGUUCCUUGUGGGUUAACCCCCAAAACCCCUUUACAUUUUUAUGCCACAGUGACAAGUUUACAGUUCAGGGGCAUCGGGGUAGCAUGGCGGUCUAUUCCAUUGCCUGCCAACAUGGGGAUUGCCGGUUCGAAUCCCCGCGUUACCGCCGACUUGGUCGGGCGUCCCUACACACACAAUUGGCUGUGUCGGCGGGUGAGAAGCCGGAUGUGGGUAUGUGUCCUGGUCACUGCACUAGCGCCUCCUCUGGUCGGUCGGGACCUCUGUUCGGGGGGACUGGGGGGAAUAGCAUGAUCCUCCCACGCGCUACGUCCCCCUGGGGAAACUCCUCAUUGUCAGGUGAAAAGAAGCUGCUGGCGACUCCACAUGUAUCGGAGGAGGCAUGUGGUAGACUGCAGCCCUCCCCGGAUUAGCAGAGGGGGUGGAGCAGCGACCGGGACGGCUAGGAAGAGUGGGGUAAUUGGCCAAGUACAAUUGGGGGGGGAUCCCCCCCCCCCCAAAAAAAAAGUUUCUAGUUCAGGAUUAGGACUUUGAGGACUGGGAUCUCUUUCAGCGUCAGUGGUAACAGCGGUUCUUACCAUGCUAACACGCUAUCAUGAUGUGAAGCUAUCUGUCCUGUCUUCUGACACGAGUCAUAUUUAGAGUAAAUUGAGAUAUAGAAUAAUGUCGGGUGUUGCUGGUCUUGUGUUUUUUUUUUUACUUGAUGACACAUUUAUUUAGUUUAAUGUAGACGAAAUACCUCUGAGAAGCUGAAUGGAUGGGUUCCUCCCAGUAUCGAUGUGGCUUUAGUGCCUCAGUAUUUGACUCUCACACAGGUGGUUAUCUCAGGGUGAGGAAUGUGUCCACAAAGGAGGGAGAAUGGAAUGACGUCAGAGACUUGUUAGUUUUGGCUCCUCUUCUUCACAGAACUGCUCUGGGUGGAAAAAGGCAUGAGGAGACUUAAACAGAAACACGACGACUUAACAUGUUUUGAGAACCUCAGAAUUGCAUCUCUGCUCUUCGCAGAUGAUGUGGUUCUGUUGACUUCAUCAGAACGCGACCUCCAGCGCACACUGGGGCAGUUUGCAGCGGAGUGUGAAAUGGCUGGGAUGAGAGUCAGCACCUCCCAAGUCUGAGGCCAUGGUUCUCUACUGGAAAAUGGUGGAUUGCUCCCUCCGGGUUGAGGAUGAGUUGUGUUGCCUCAAGUGAAGGAGUUCGAGUAUCUCGGGGUGAGGGUAGGAUGGAGUGGGAGAUUGACAGGUGGAUUGGUGCAGCAUCAGCAAUAAUGUGGAUGUUGUACCAGACCGUUGUGGUGAAGAGGGAGCUGAGCCGGAAGGCAAAGCUCUCAAUUUACCAGUCAGUCUUCGUUCCAACCCUCACCUAUGGUCAUGAGCUUUGGGUAGUGACCGAAAGGGUGAGAUCACGGAUACAAGCGGCUGAAACGAGUUUCCUCCGUAGGGUGUCUGGGCUCAGCCUUAGAGCUAGGGUGAGGAGCUCGGACACCCGGGGGGAGCUCGGAGUAGAGCCGAUGCUCCUUUGCGCCAAAAGGAGCCAGUUGAGGUGGUUCGGGCAUCUGAUUAGGAUGCCUCCUGGGCUUCUUCCUUUGGAGGUUUUCCGGGCACGGCCAACUGGGAGGAGACCCCGGGGUAGACCCAGAACUCGCUGGAGGGACUACAUGUCCAAUCUGGUCUGGGAACGCCUUGGGAUCCCCCAGCAGGAGCCGGAGGGCGUUGCUGGGGAGAGGGACGUCUGGAGUGCCCUACUUAGCUUGCUGCCACCGCGACCCAACCCUGGAGAAGCAGCUGAAGAUGAGAGAGAGAGGUGAUGACUAACAUAAGGAAGUGCAAUUCAUCUGAUGCUGUAGUCUUAACAGUGGUGCUCAGGAGUCCCACGUAUGAAGGCAAAGUGUGGCUGCUGUUACUUUUUUUUGGUUUCGACAAAGGUUAAAUGAACAAAAUGUGAAACUGAGGUGUGUCUGGUGCAAGUGUCGGGGGGGAAGGGGAUGUUUCAUAGUUUAAAAAUCCUUGUAUUAUUGUAGUAAAUUUGUCGAGUGUGUGAAGCUAGAGCUUCCUGACUGGGUCGGUGGGACUGUGAGCUGUGAGAGAAGCUUUGCUGCUGUGUACCGAGCGCUCGGUUCACCUCCUCUUGGCUGGGUCAUGAUGAACAUCGUCCGCCUCAACGAGACGAGUCUCUGUUCCGCUGUCUGUUCCACUUCACAAAUGGCGGUGUCAACACAAAGCCAGUCAACAUCGUCUCCCCCGUUGUUGUCCUCUUCAUCGCUCUGUCCAUUUUCCAUGUAUCGUUUGUCUUGUUUUCAUAUUUUAUCAAGUUUUGUCGAUGAUGUCAUGCUUUUACAAGUCAAAUUAAA